AUGUCGGAAACCUCGUCUCGCACCAGCCACAGCGACGACAAGAUCGAAACGUCCGCCGCGGAACAGACCGUAGAAGAUGGCCUCAACGAGAAGGCAAAUACGCUAGAGAAGGAUAAGGAGGAAGCUGAUCCCGGCCUGUUAACCGAGCCCCCGAGUGAGAAGCCCGUCGUCGACCAGCGGCCAAACUACUCCGCGUUUACAGAAUGGGAGAAAAGGGGCAUCGUGCUUGGCGCUGCCAUCGGGGCCUUCUUCUCGCCUCUCACGGCGCAGAUUUACCUGCCCGCGCUUACCGUCCUAGCUCAGGAAUUCCACGUCACGGCCAGUCAGAUUAACUUGACUGUCACUACUUACAUGAUUUUCCAAGGAAUUACUCCGAUGUUCGUCGGGUCCCUAGCGGACUCCGCGGGACGCCGGCCGGCUUACUUCAUAUGCUUCGUCAUCUAUAUCUGUGCUAAUAUUGGAUGUGCCCUAGCGCCUAGCUAUCCGGCCCUGCUAGUCCUCCGCAUGCUGCAAUCUGCCGGUUCUAGUACGACUGUAGCGCUCUGUCAAGCAGUUGUCGCUGAUAUCAUUACCUCGGCCGAGAGGGGCCACUAUGUCGCGUACACCUCUCUGCCCAUUCUCCUAGCGCCAGCUAUAGGACCUGUGAUUGGCGGUGUAUUGUCGCAGGAAGUUGGAUGGCGUUUUAUUUUCUGGAUCCUCGCCAUCUUAGCUGCGGUAGUUUUUGUUAUCCAUGCGUUUUUCUUGCCCGAGACCUGUCGGGAGAUCGUGGGAGAUGGGUCGAUCCGUCCGCACCCCGCCUACCGAACGUUCUGGCAACUGUGUAAAGAUGCCUUGCGGCGACGCCGUGAGCGCCGUAAUCAACAGUCCAGUGGCGCUCCACUAGCCCACACACCAUCACGCGCAUCGACGAAACGUAGCCUCCACGUGAAGAAAUUCGAUGUCUGGAAAUCAAUCACGAUUCUUCUUGAGAAGGAGAUGUUCCUGCUGCUCGGGUACGGUGGUAUUGUUUUCACGGGAUUCUACUGCGUCGCUACCGUCAUGCCCACACAACUAGCUGAUAACUAUGGCUUUGAUGAGAUCACGGUGGGACUCAUGUAUCUCCCUAUGGUCGGUGGCAGUAUAGUUGCCGCUGUCGUGAAUGGGAGAUUGAUGAACUGGAAUUACCGGCGGCAUUGUAAGCUACAGGGUGUUCCAUUCGAACGUAGCAAGCAGCAAGACCUAUCCGAAUUUCCGAUUGAGCGUGCCAGGCUCGAAAUCGGUAUUCCAAUGCUUGCCUUGUGUGUAGCAUGUGUAAUCGCCUGGGGUUGGGCAUUCGAAUAUCAUGCACACGUUGCCGUGCCGUGCGUCCUACUAUUCUUGUUGGGUUGGGCUGUAGUCGGAUUCAGUAAUACGCUCAACGUACUUCUUGUUGAUGUGAACGUGGGCAGUGCGGGAGCUGCUACCGCGAGUAAUAACUUAACUAGAUGCUUGAUUGGCGCUGCAGCGACUGCGGUGAUAGGACCAAUGAUAAACGGUGUUGGUAUUGGAUGGGCGUUUACGAUAUUGGGCUUUAUAUACAUAGCUUUCUCGCCGAUGCUAUUUUAUAUCCUUAAGUAUGGGGUAAAAUGGCGAAAGGAGAAACAUGAGCGUGAGCUCGCAAAGAAGCGAAGUGGCGUCAAUACUGAAAAAUAG